AUUCGGUAAACGUGUUGUGUUCGUUUUCUUAUCAACACCGAAUGUUAUCAGUAAAUUUUGAAGCCGGAAAAUCGAGCAUUGACAGUUUCAUCAUAUUUUUCAUCCUUUUUAACUAAUUUACAUCGUUAAAAACCAUGCUACGAAAUGUUUAAACGACUAGCUCGAACUCACUUCCAUCCGAACCCAUCGCUGAGUAAGCGAUGGGGUUCAAAAGCAGGGGAAUACGUAAUGAAAACACAGCCAGAAUUGAUCACCGUUGAAAACCAGUACGAUGUGUUGGAAGAUUCAGUAGCACCUUUAUGUCGAUUACCGUACGAGAAACAAUUAGAAUACAAGGAGCAUUUCAUCAACGAUGUUAUCAAAGAGUUACGUACCAGAGUAAUCGGUUUUACCAGAAAAGAUUUAGAAAUUUUACCCUUAACACCUUCGCCUGUUAUUGAUCAUUACCGAAGCAAAGACGAAUAUAAUGUUCGAAUGGGAGUUGACGGUGAUCCAAAAACUUACGGAUUAUUCACUGGUCGACCCGCAGUUGGGCAAGUAUAUUCGAUUAGACCGAUCAGAAUACCAGUAAUUAAACCGAAACAUAAUAAAAUCCUCGAAAUCUUUGAAAAGUACGUGAAAGAGAACCCUCUACCUCCUUGUUAUAAUCUGAACGAUGGCGGAUUCUGGAGAAGAGUUGUCGUACGUAGUAAUGUUCAUGAUGAGACUAUGCUGGUGAUAUACAAUCAUCCUCAGAAUCAUUCUAGAGAAACGAUUGAAAAAAUCGAACGAGAAGUAGUCGAACAUUUCGCUGCUCAUGAUUGUCAUGUUGAUUCGAUGUAUCACUUUUUAUCCAAUAAAGUCAGAUGUGAUACGAGUAAUUCUGAAGUAUCCUUGAUCCACGGUAAACCUUUUAUAUAUGAAACGCUGCUUGACCAUAAGUUUAGAAUAUCGCCGGAUGCGUUUUUUCAAAUAAACGUCAAAGCUGCCGAAAUAUUACACGAAGAAGUGAUGAAGUUAGCUCAAUUGAAAGAUAAUACGACUUUAUUGGAUUUAUGUUGCGGAGUUGGUACGUUCAGCAUAACUGCGAGUAAACAUGCCAGACAUUGUAUCGGUAUUGAUAAUAGUUUCAGUUCUAUCGAAGAUGCUAUGCAUAAUGCAGUCUUGAAUAAUGCAUUGAAUUGCGAAUUUAUGCCAGGAAACGUAGAAACGAGAUUGAAGAAAGUACUCGAGUCGACGUAUACGAUAUCAAAUUUAGUAGUUAUUGCAAAUCCUGGAAGAAGUGGACUACAUCCCAGAGCAAUAGAAAUAAUUCGCGAUACGAGUUCUAUUAAACGAUUGGUUUACAUCUCUUGCAAACCGGACCAUGUAAUGACCAGACAAAAUUUCAUAGAUCUUAUGCAAGUCAACAAGAAAAAGAAAGGCGUGGCGCCUUUUAAAUUGAAGAAAAUUAAAACUAUCGAUUUAUUUCCUCAUACGUACCAUUACGAAAUGAUAUUAUUAUUCGAAAGAUGAUAUGAACGCAGUCAGGUAAUCGAUAUGGAUUCUAAAUUGAAACUGGAAUGCAUACUUUAAGGAUCAAGAAGAUGGAAUGGUUGAAUUUUUUUUUUAGUUUUUUCUUUCCUAAAAAAUGAAGAGGAAUUUUUAUUCCAAAAUAAAUUUUUUAUUUUAA